UUUGAAGAAACUGGAUUAGAAAUUGAUCCGAAUGCUGAGCCACAACCAGGAACUUCAUCUGGAGGUAGGCGUGGUCGUCCAAGCAAAGAAUUUUCUGCGAGUAGUGUAAGAUCAAAACGUCGAAAGACUUCAAAGCUGUCAUCGACGUUCGAAACCGAGGAGCUUACUUUAGCUGCAAGGAGAAAACUAAAGACUGAAGGAAAAGACGAUGCCGCAAAACUUGUCUCUGAAGCACUUUUGACUCCGACUCGAGCCGGUAAAAUUAGGACAGCUUGGCAGAAAACUCAGAAGUCAAAAAAAAUAAUUCCACUCACCCCAGAUGAAGCGCUAUCAGUAAUGAUUGAAUCAAAAGAUACCAAACAUUCAUAUCUUGUUCACAGACGAAUAGCAAAAGAACAUUUUGCUGAUAUAUAUCCGUCUUAUCACAAGCUUCGAGAAGCAAAAUUACGCUGCUAUCCCCGAAAAGAAGGACAAACUGUAAGUGAGUCAUGUGCAGAAAUAUUAUUACAGGACCUCUUAGAUCAUACAGUUAAACGGAUAGUAGAAUUGCAAAAACCAGUUCUUCGUUCAUUAUCAACUGAACUUCUAAAGAAUUUGAAACUGUUGCUGAAAUGGGGAUGCGAUGGAAGCACCGGUCAUUCACAAUACAAGCAACUUUUCUCCGAUAAUAGUUUUGGUGAUGGCGAUUUAUUUCUUACAUCCAUAGUGCCAUUACAGUUAUAUGCGGAGCAACCUGGACAAGAUAAAAUUAUUGUGUGGCAAAAUCCCCGUCCAUCGUCAACUCGAUUUUGUAGACCUAUACGCUUUCAGUUUAAGAAAGAAACGAAAGAGCUGACGGUACAGGAGACAUCAUAUAUAGAAAAUCAAAUUUCAGAACUUCAACCCACUAUUGGUAUGCUGGAUAGUGAAGAAAUUGCAGUUUCUCAUGUUUGUGUGAUGACGAUGAUAGACGGCAAAGUGUGUAAUGCAAUAACGGAAACAGCUUCUUCACAAACAUGUUAUAUAUGUAAAGCAACCCCCAAACAAAUGAAUGACAUCGAAAAACUAUUAAAGAGGGAAGUUGUCCAAGAAAAUUUGAAAUUUGGAUUGUCAACUCUACAUGCCUGGAUCAGGUUUUUCGAAUGUUUGCUGCACAUUUCCUAUAGAUUAGAAGUUAAAGUUUGGCAAAUUCGAGGAAGUAACAACAGAGCAGUUUUUGAAAACAAGAAACGUACCAUACAACAAAUUUUCAGAGACAGAACAGGUUUGCUUGUGGAUAUACCUAAGAGUGGAGGUAGUGGAACUACUAAUGACGGCAACACAGCUCGACGAUUUUUUGCUGACCCCUCACUGUCUAGUGAAAUUACUGGCAUAGAUAAAGAUGUCAUUAUGCGAUUUGGUAUUAUAUUACGCACCUUAUCUUGUGGCUAUGCAAUCGAUGUGCGAGCUUUUGAAGAGUAUUGUUUGGAAACCGCAAAACUGUAUGUCGCUAAAUAUUCAUGGUAUUAUAUGCCUUCUAGCGUGCAUAAAAUAUUACUCCAUGGAGCCAUAGUAAUCAAGGAGGCUAUUCUGCCUAUCGGUCAAUUGUCAGAAGAAGCCCAAGAAUCAAGAAAUAAGGAUCUCAAAAGUUUUAGGGAGAAACAUACACGAAAAAUUUCGAGAAUAUCAGGAAAUCAAGAUUUGUUAAACAGGCUCCUUAUAACUUCAGAUCCAGUAAUUUCAUCUUUGCGGCAGUACCCACUCCGAAAAAGUUUAAACAUAUCUUCUGAAGUUGUAUCCUUGUUGAAGGCGCCCUCGUUAGAAUCAAUGGAAGCAGAUUCUCUUAGAGCUCUACAACUUAAUAUGGAAAGCCGCCAAGUUUCUUCAUCCGACGAGGAAGACGACAGCGCGAGCGACGUAGAUUUUUAGUGGUAAGCAUACUAUUGUAUUUACAAGGGCGGAUCUAAGGGGGCCCAGGGGCCCAUACCCCCCUUGGGAUUCACAUUUUGAACUGAUUAUAAAGUUAAAAAUUAAAUUUUAGUAUUUAAGUAUAUCAAAGUAAGUUAUAAGUAUAAUCUUUUAAGCACUAAUAUAUUAGAUUUUAAAUAGACUUUAUUUCAUGCCAUUUUUACCCCCUCCCUUGCUAGAUUUUUCUAUCGCUAUGCCC